ACCUCUCAAUAAACCCCAUACAGAAAUCCUCUCUCUCUCUCUCUCUCUGAAUUGAAGAAUCCAUGGCGCGAAAACUUCACACGGCCUUGAUCGCCGUGGCGUCGUCGUUCGUGUUCUUGAAUACAAUCUACCACCACCUCUUACGCCACCCACCGUCAAUCGCCACCGAAGGCCUCCUUGCACCGCCGCUCCCUCUCUACCUCCAAGCCAACCCCAACCUCGCACUUUCGGAACACAAACGACUACAACUUCAAGAACAAGAAGUCGAUCACUACAAGAGUACCCGCCACGUCACCUCCCUCAAGGAAUCCACCCCCGCCGUCUCGAUCCUUCUCCCGGCCUGGGAAAUCCUAGUCGUCCUCCCGCCGGAGACUCCCCCACCGCCGUCCGCUGCCCGCCUCACCUGUCUCUUUCCCAACAACAUUUCCUCUACGGCGAGGCCUUCUGGAUUCCUCUCUUCUCCUUACAGAACAACCUUCAAGUGUGAUUUACCGGCCAGGUUCCGGCGCCGGUUUCCUUUUCCCCAGCCUGUUCUGAAUUCCCCGGAGAAAAAAACUCCACCAGUGAUUAAAUCUACGGUGCCGGAGCUUCUCCGGUGGAACUUUCUCGUCUACGACUCGAUAACGACAGAGGACGACAUCGUCUUGCUCGUCAAGGGCCUAAACCAUCGCCAAGGCUCGAGCCGAUCGCCGAGCGACUUCGCUUGCGUUUUCGGCGACGACGUAAUCAACGGCGUCAAAACCGCCGUCACCUCCUCCGUCCAAGAAGUAUUCCGCUGUCGUAUCCCGAAACUGACGGCCGUUUCCAUACCUGGCGGUGAAGAAAGAAUCAAAAUCUCCCUCGAAAUCUCGGAGCAGAAUCGCGUGGUCCCGUCCGUUGCGUACUACACUCCCCCGCGCAAGAUAGCGAUAAAGCAGCCGAAAUCUCUACUGUGCGCGUGCACCAUGGUGUACAACGUAGCCAAGUUCUUGAGAGAGUGGGUGAUUUACCAUUCUGCCAUUGGGGUCGAACGGUUCAUAUUGUACGACAACGGGAGCGACGAUGAAUUGGAUAGAGUCGUCGAGGAUUUGAUCCAAUCGGGGUACGACGUGACGACGACGUUUUGGGUUUGGGCCAAGACGCAAGAAUCAGGAUUUUCCCACUGCGCUGUAAGCGCAAAGGACACGUGCAAGUGGGUCACGUUCAUCGAUGUCGACGAGUUUAUCUACUCUCAAUCGUGGCUAAAUUCAUUGAGUCCGUCGCGAGAAAUGUUACGAGCCUUAUUGCCGAAAUCAAAAGAGUCGUCAAUUGGGCAGAUUUUGAUUGGUUGUUACGAGUUUGGACCGUCAAACCGGAAAUCGAACCCGAAAGAGGGAGUUAUCGAGGGGUAUAAUUGUCGAAGGAGGGACGAAAAUAGGCACAAGUCGAUAGUGCUGUUGGAUGCGAUUGAUGAGUCUUUGCUUAACGUGAUUCAUCAUUUUCGGUUGAAGCAAGGGUACAAGGGGAAGAAAUUGAGAAUCGAAGACGCGGUUGUGAACCAUUACAAGUACCAGGCUUGGGUCGAGUUCAAGACCAAGUUUCGGAGGCGGGUUUCGGCUUACAUGGCGGAUUGGACUCAAGCGGUGAACCCGACUUCCAAGGAUAGGACACCCGGAUUGGGGUAUGCGCCCGUUGAGCCAUAUGGGUGGGCUGGGAAGUUCUGUGAGGUGUACGAUAACCGGUUGAGGGAUUUGACCCGGCAGUGGUUCGGGUUUGGUUUGUCAUCCGAGUACCAUAACGGAUUGCAAGAAAGUUGAGCUAGCUAGCAUGUUGAUUGUUAGAGCCAUUUUUGGGGCACGGUUUUUAUUUGAACAAAAGGGUAUAGAUUGGAUAAAUGGGUGGGAAUUUUUAGUUUCAACUUCUUUCAUGCACUCAAGACAAAUAAAUAUAAAUUGGUACGAAUUGCACCUAAUAGACAAUUUCUUGUCUUCUUGA